GCCAUGUUUAGACCAGCAUAGCACGGCAUGCUCAACAUAUCUUCAGCAAUACAAAAGAGAGAGCGAGAGAAAUGUUCCAACCACACUUAUAAAACCGUGCACUUAUCGAGUGCUUUUGUCAGGUCUCUGUUUUGACACUGAUCGAGACAGAGUGGGUAACUCGUUAUUUCUGUUUUGUUGGGAGUCUGUUUUCGUUCGGCAAAUGGACUUCCUUAACGCCCUUAGUGGAGUAGCGGGGGAGGGUGUAAAGAAACUGUUUCAAGAGUUUAAGAACCUAAUCAAUUUACGCAGCAAUGCCGAAUGCCUCCGCCAGGACAUAGAUCGUGUGAAAGGCAUAGGAGAUGAUCUUAAGAAUCAGUUAAGUGGUCAAGGCCGACAGCCUAAGCGAGUCGUUAGGAAUUGGCUCGACACACAAGAGCGAAACGUCAAAUCUGCUGAAGAGGCGCUUCAACAGUACGAACAAAGCAAGGACCGUCGCUUCUGUAAGUGCUGCCCUAACUGUUUGCUUAUCCCAAAAUCCAGUCGAAAAAUCCUUAAUUCUCUAGCGGAGAUAGAUAAGCUUCUGAAGACAAAGGAUUCAGAUUUUCCCAAGAAUGGAGAGCUGGGGGAGCUUCCAGGGGCGCUGGUACAGCCCAUGGAGAAUGAGCUCGUUGGCAAAUUUGUUCACGAGAAGCUGGAGGAGCUGGAGACGUGGCUGCUGAAAGAUGAUUCUGUUCGUGUUGUUGGAGUCUAUGGAAUGCCCGGCGUGGGAAAGACGUCCAUGCUCAAACACAUCAACAAUAAUGAAAAGGUAGUCAAUUUCUUUAAGCUUGUAAUUUGGGUUACUGUGUCCAGAGACUCCGAUAUAUCUGAUCUCCAGAGGCGCAUUUGUGAGAGAAUUGAAUUGCCUUGGCGAUCCAAUUCGACCAUUGACGAAGCUGCAGGGCUGUUGCAAACGGUCUUCAAGGAGAAGCCACUGCUGCUCAUUUUGGACGAUGUGUGGAAAAGAAUAGAUGUUUCCAAAUUGGGAAUUUCUCUUUCUGAUAAUAAAAUAAAAGUUGUACUGACUUCCAGAGAUAAAGAGGUGUGCAGGAGCAUGGAAGCAGACAAGAUGAUUGCAAUGAAGCAACUGUCGGAGGAAGAUGGUUGGGAGCUUUUCUGCAGAGGAGCCUUCCCAGCCGGCGAGGAUCAGAAUAUGGAUAGCGAGAUUGAGCCCUUGGCCAGAAGCAUUGCAAAGGAAUGUAAAGGACAUCCCUUGGCCAUUAAGACGCUCGCUCGGACAGUGCCGCAGCUUCACAACAGUUCCCCGUCUGAAUGGGAAUAUGUUCUCUAUCAGCUAAAGGCGAUCGAUACCCAAUUCUAUCGCAUUCAUGAAGAGAUUGUGAGGGAAUUAUUCAAGCCAUUAAAACACAGCUAUGAUGCUCUGGAAUCAGAAGAGCUCAGGCUUUGUUUCCUGUACUUGGCCGCCUACAGAGAAGACGAGGAAAUCGACGCGGAUGACUUGAUACAAUUGUGGUUGGCAGAAGGCCUGGUGAAAAGCAGAGAGGAGGGGCGUCACGGUUUUCUUAAGACCUUGGCGAACCGAUGCUUGGUUGAGGUUGAGGUUACAGAGGAAAAUGGGUAUCAUAUAUGGAAAGUGAAAAUCCACGAUGUGCUCAGAGAUAUGGCAGUACAUGUCGCUGAGGUCGACCAGAAUAUCCUGUUCCGUGCAGGUCAGAGUUUAACAGAGUUUCCAAAGUCUGCAAGCGCAACAUCGGUGAGGAUAUCAGUGAUGCAUAACCGCAUCAGAAUUCUGCCUGAAAGUGUUGAUUGCGAGAAGUUAGUGACUCUGUUGUUGAGCUGGAACACAGUUGAGGAGGUCCCAGAGGGCUUUCUGGAGAAGCUGAAUAUGUUAAAGGUGCUUGGUCUCAGCAACACGCCCAUCAAAUCCUUGCCGAAGUCCAUCCACCAACUGAAGCAUCUCCUCUAUCUGCAGCUUUCAAAUACCCAGAUUAAGGUAAUCCCUCAUCAAAUAUUUGAGUUGAGUAGACUGCAGUUUUUAGAUCUUUCUUUCUCCCCUCUGAAGAAUAUUCCGUCCAUGAUAAAAAAGCUGAAAAGUCUCCAAAUUCUUAAGUUAGCCCACUGUUAUGAUUUGGAGUUCGUUUCAUGCGACAUAUCACACCUCACUAGUUUGGAAGAGCUUGACUUGUGGAAGUCGACAAUGUUUGGAAAUUCACGGGAUGUAAGAGUAGGAGGAGAAUCAAGGGAAGCUUCCUUGCAAGACGUAUGCAAACUCCAUCGUCUGAAGCAUCUGCGGCUAAUCCUCAAAUCCCAAAUUGAGGAGAAAACAAUGGGGAAUCUUGUGGAGCUUCAAGAACUUUGGCUUCUUUGGAUGCCCGAAGUCCGUCAGACAUAUCUGCCCACUGACAUGCGGGCCAUGCACAGCUUGGAGAGGCUCCACCUGUAUAAUUGUCACGUUAAAGGAACCCCUGAUUUGUUCCCAGAAUUAAAAAAUCUCAAGUACUUAAAGCUGAAGUCUUCUCAAAUACUGCUCACUCUUUCUGGAAUAGGGUUAGCAAGGCUGUCCAAUUUGAAUGAAAUAGAUAUUGAGGAAUGCCUUCUUCUCACGGAGUUGGGAGAAGAUUUUGGGAGGAAAGGUUGCUUUCCGAGGCUGCGCAAGCUCAAACUGUGGAUGUUACCUUCUCUGGAGAGUGUGUGUAGUUUUGUCGAAGAAGGGGCUCUUCCCAUGUUGCAGACUUUGACUAUAUUCCGUUGUAUGCAAGUUAAAGUACUGCCACCGGGUCUAGAUAAUCUCAAUUCUCUGGAACAGAUCAAAGGAGAGAAAGAAUGGUGGAAUGAAAUUAGCUGGCGAAAUGAAGAGAUGAAGAAACAUCUUCAUACUAGGUACGUGGAAAUCCAUGAUAACUAUCAUGUUUAAACCACAGUUUUCCCGUAACUAAGAACCAUGAAGUAAAUUGCUUGCACGAAUUAUAGGCUGUUUAUUUUGCGAAGUAUUGCUUGUGUGUAAUUAUGUAACAAAAAACUUUAUGCAACGAAAAGUUUGUGGAGUUUUCAAUUAUAGGAUCAUGUUGUAAGGGAUUACUAUAUGUAAUGUUCUAAAACCGUGGUUAGCUUUUAUUUUGUAAAUUUAAUUAAUUAUG